AAUAUGGUUUAAGAUACAUUUGUAAAUUGAAUUAUUUGAAGUAUAUUUGAACUUAUCAAUUUCAUGUUUUUGCUUCAGUUUGUGCACAGGAAGUGCAUUCAAAGAUGGUGCAACAAGAAAGGUGACAUAACUUGCGAAAUAUGCAAACAGGAUUUUUCACCAAAUUAUUCUCUGCCUCCGACCAGAAGUAAUCCUGACGUUUUGGCAAUCGACAUAAGGCAAGCUUGGAGCCCGCAUAUCGAUAUCCGUGACUCACACCUUCUAGUGUUAACUGCUUCUCAAAGCCAACUACUCCAAUCAGAGUACGAAGAUUACGUUGCUGCAAAUAGCAGUAGCCUUGCCUGUCUUCGCUUGGUUGCUCUUAUUUUGCUUAUCAUCUUGCUCUUACGCCAAGUCCUUAUGUUGACAAGAGAUUCUGGCAUGAUCCAGGAGUCAACUUUGAUUAACUUUCAGGUUUUGCUUCUCCAAUUUGCUGGCUUUCUUCUUCCAUGCUAUGUAGUGGCUCACACGUGGUAUUUACAAAGUCGAAGGAGGAGACAGGGUUAAAGCAGCAGCAGGCAAGGAUGUUGGGUUGCUUGACAAGCAUGUUGUUUUGUUUUUGUAAAUUGCAAAAGGCAAUUUCCCAAGUUGUAAUGAAUGAAAUAGUG